AUGCUACCUUGUGUUAUUCUCUUCUCAGCAUACUUUCAGCAGACGAGGCCUCUACUCGUGAAGGAACUUCUUAAUCCAGAUGAAACAAUGGCUACUUAGAAACCAGUGACUGGACAUAGGAUGGGAAAAGAAUAUUACUACUAAACAGUUUUCUAUGUUUGAUAUUGGAUAUAUGACUUACAAGAGCUCAAAACCUAAAAGAAAUCUUGGACUUUUUCUUUGUCAACAUUCUCUAUGGACAAGUCUUUUAAUCUGAAGUCCGUUUAAUUCUCUGUGUAAGAAAACUGAGAACAAAAGCACACCAGACAAACCACGGUAGACCACAAGCCACCGAGAGACCAUCCAUUCUACACACCACAAGUUCCUACUUCUAUCAUCAGAACGGAUUUCUUUAUUUUUUUUUAACAAUUAAGAUACACAGGUGUCGCCUCAAGUUUACAUUCAAGUAGGGCAAGACAGAGGGAAGCCAGACUCCCCCGCUCUCUAUGAUGAGAAUGGAGCUUUUGUGUCUUAUCACGCUCGGUAUCUGUGUCAGCAUUGUUCUGGGACAUGCCUCCCCUGAAGGGAAACUUCAGUUUGUCCAUUCUCCCCCAAGACGCUAUGUAAAACCUGGAGCAACUGCUACCUUCACUUGCAACAUUUCAGUGCUGAACUACAAUCCAGGGGACUUUAACUGGUACAAAAUAGAGAAUGAAACUGUGAAAAUUGCAGAUACACAGAAUACAACUGAGAAUCAAAGACUGCAUGUCGUUAUUAACUGGAAGCUGCGAGAAGCUAAACUGCAUAUACUCAAUGUUACAUUAAAUGAUAGUGGAAAAUAUUCUUGUGGUCUUGUAAACGCAUCGGCAAGAGAGCAGAUCAUUGGCAGUACAGAGUCAGAGCUGUUUGUGGAUAGUUCCCCAAGUGCGGUGACUGAUAAAACCAAUCAUGAAGGUUUACCAGAAGGUAACCCAGAUUCACUAAAAACUGCCAUUAUAGCUACCUCUGUCAUUUUGGCACUUCUCCUGCUCCUAGCAGUCGGCUCUGCCAUCAUUUUUAUUUGGGACAAGCAAAGAAACAAUGUUCCUCAGCCUCAGCAACAGGACCUGGAAAAACCUCCUCAGGAUCCUUCAGUUUAUACUGUAAACUAUGGGACUUUAGAAUUUGGAGCUAGUCACCCCUACAGGAAAUCAACAGAACUGAGCAUAUCAGAACAUGUGGAAUAUGCAACAAUCAUGUUCCCACAACAGACCCCAUCCAUGGGAGAGAAGAGGGGGCGAUCAGCGUGAAUUGACAAAACUGGACUGAUAGGAAUCCAAUUUUGAAUGUAUAUUAAGGAACAUUGGCUGCUCUGGUUCUAGUGUUGCCAUGAAAAAAUUUCUCUGCAACUUGACGGGAAAAAUUGCUACUUUUGCAGACCGUUGAGUAAUAAUUUUAGACUAUUGUGCAUUUACCAAUUCUGCAACCUCAAAACCAGGAAUAUGUUUAAAAAAAUAAUGUUGGCAUGAAAUCAUGACAGAUUAUGUACUGAGCGGAUGUAGAUAAUAGCAUUUAUUUUGUAUUUGAAAGGUGCAUGUGUACAUUUGGGAGAAAAUGGGAAGAUUGAGUUAACAUUUCCUUAUCCAGUUCUUCAAAUACUUAAACUUCCAUCAUUUUUCUUCACAUAUUAACAACCUACUGUAUAUGUGAAUAUUCUAUGUAAUA